GGGUGCGCAGUCCACUUGGUGGGGUGUACGGUUUCCCUUGAGGAGCUUGGGUCGAGAUUUGGAACAGCUAAGUGAAGAGGGGAGACUGAAAACAACCAACCAUGUCGGACGCGGUGGUCAGUUUUAUGAAGGACUUUUUGGCCGGUGGCAUCGCCGCUGCCAUCUCCAAAACAGCUGUUGCUCCCAUUGAGAGAGUCAAACUGCUGCUGCAGGUGCAGCAUGCCAGCAAACAGAUCACAGCUGAAAUGCAGUACAAAGGAAUCAUGGACUGUGUUGUUAGAAUCCCGAAGGAACAGGGCUUCCUGUCCUUUUGGAGAGGCAACCUGGCCAACGUCAUCCGUUACUUCCCCACCCAAGCCCUCAACUUCGCUUUCAAAGACAAGUACAAGAAGAUCUUCCUCGGUGGCGUGGAUCAGAAGAAACAGUUCUGGCGUUACUUCGCCGGAAACCUGGCGUCCGGUGGUGCUGCUGGGGCCACUUCGCUUUGCUUCGUCUAUCCGCUCGACUUCGCCAGGACGAGGCUGGCUGCCGACAUCGGCAAGGGUACCGCAGAGAGGGAGUUUACCGGACUGGGAAACUGCAUUACCAAGAUAUAUAAAACCGAUGGCCUCAAGGGUCUGUACCUGGGCUUCAAUGUAUCGGUGCAGGGCAUCAUCAUCUACAGAGCGGCUUAUUUCGGAUGCUUCGACACAGCAAAAGGCAUGCUGCCAGAUCCCAAGAACACACACAUCUUUGUCAGCUGGAUGAUUGCUCAGACUGUCACAGCUGCAGCAGGCCUGGUUUCCUAUCCCUUCGACACCGUCAGACGUCGCAUGAUGAUGCAGUCCGGGCGUAAAGGAGCUGAUAUCAUGUACAAGGGCACAAUCGACUGCUGGAAGAAGAUCCUUAAAGAUGAGGGAGGAAAGGCCUUCUUUAAGGGGGCAUGGUCCAAUGUGAUCAGAGGCAUGGGUGGCGCCUUUGUGCUGGUGCUCUAUGAUGAGAUCAAGAAGUUCACCGUCUAAGAAGACACUCCCAACCCCUCAAGGAAACCCCUACACUUUAUUAGUCUUAUUUUUUUUGUGAUAUGGUCACACCGACCUGGUGAAUUAGGAAUCUGGGUUUGUAGGCUACCUCUUCUGUGCAGCAGCUAUGAGGGGGGAGUGGAUCGGUGUACCUGACCUGGGUUUAUGCUUCAUUGCACGUGUAUAUAAAAACCAUCAACCAUAUACUAAAAGGAUGUCUUUUAGUUUUAACAGCUGGUGUACAUGAUGUGAUGAGACAGACUAUAAUACAGGCCAAAUGCUUCUCCUGUUAGAGUAAAGGAGCAGUGAAGGCCCCUAUGAUAUGCUGUGACUACUCUGACCCUUGUAUUCCACCUCACACAUUAAUUUAUUAAGAAUAAAGACUGUCUAUAAUCCA